UUCAAGUGUCAAAUUAAUAUUUUCCUUACUCAUGCAUCUAGCUUUUUAUUUAUUUAUCUGAUUGGUGUCUUACGCCGUACUUAAGAAUAUUUCACUUAUACGACCACAGCCAGCAUUAUGGUGUGAGGAAACUGGACAGAACCCAGACAAACCCACGACCAUCCGCAGGUUGCGGACAGACCUUCCCACAUACGUCUAGAUAUUUACCCCUUGCAUUAGAUAGUGAGAAAAGAUGCUUCUGUACUGAAUUUGGUUUGAAGAUAUUGCUACUCGUUUAGUGCUAAUCUUUGCACCUAUCUAUUUCAUGACCUGUGUCAUUUGCAGUCAUCUAGGCUGGGUUGGAUUGAAGCGGAUAAUGUGUACAUGUAGAUAAAAAUAGAUCUACAUUUUCACAUGGUUAAAACACUUCAGUCUGUCUGAUAUGUAAAUUUAGAUCAUAAGGGGAAAACGGAUGACAUUAUAUACAGCGAUAAAUUACGUUUAAUUGUGUAUUAUUAAUUGAACUAAUUAUUCAGACUGCUGUGUUUUUUUUUAUACCUGUCCGAAUUACACUUGUUUGUACUUGUGACUAAGACAGGUGAGGUAUUUUGAGCACUAUAAUUGUCAUGGUGACCGUAAUGGCAAUGUUUUAUCCUAGCGUGUGUCCAAAGUAAAAAAGAGGAAAUUAUUAUUUUUAAUAUCGGUUCGAGCACUUGUAGCUUUUAAUCUGUUUUGAAGUGUACAGCCAUCGUUUUCUUUUGUAAAAGUGUGGUUUAAUUUACAAAUCAAAUUGAUUUGCCAAUAUCUUUUCCACUCAAUGAGUACAUAUAAAUAAAGCCAUGAGUUAAACUUUGGAUUCAUUGUGGUCCAUCACUGCGCAUUAGACUCAGGAUGGUUUAUUCUUCAUACUUGUAUGCCCUUAACUGGCAAAAUUUAGCAGUUGAAAUGAAAGUUACAGGUGAUAUAUUUGCAUUUUAAAUGCAUAUUUUACCCAAUUGUUUAUUGCUCAGCACGUGGCACAAAAAUAUGGUGAUAAGACUGUUUUAGACUUUUGUUGAAUGUAAAGGCAUUGUUGGCUUCCAUGUACCCUAAUUCCUCAACCCUAAUUCCCUCAACUUUUCAUGCAAUUUAUGCAUGUUUUGAAUUUGAUUUUGGAUACAAAACUACAUUGGUUGCAUCGGCCAGUUUUAUUGCUUCACAAAAGGUAUCAUUUUCUCAGUCGACAUGGAAUAAUACCUUGAUGAUAUGCUUGAAUAAACACCAUACAAACAUGUGAAAAGUUUGAAGAAUUACAGUAGCUAUUGAAAAUUCAAGGAUUUGUUUUGAAAAUGGAAUGUAAAAGUUUUUUGUGCAACAAAUGUACACAGUACUGUCACCAAAAGUAACCACGUCUGGGGAAGUUAUCCUCAGGGUCCUUUGUUACAUUAUGUAUGGAUUUGUCGGCGCAAUAUUAAAUGGCCUAACUGUAUAUAAAUAACAAAAUUAUUUAAGCAUUACUAUAUUUAGCCGAAUGGAAAAAUUUGGCAGGAAUACCUUUCUGUUUCUGCAGCAGUGCAUUCAUGACAGGCAUUAGGUUUGACAUGGGUGCAUUGUUCCUAUAAAUAUGUCAAUCCAUAACAUGUAAACAGAGAUGUAGGUCAGAAGCGAGCAGAAAAUAGGACUGUAUACGUGGAAGAGAAUGUAUGUAUAUAUAAGUAGACCCAUACAGGUAAAACAUGUACGUGUCAUAAACGUGUGACUUGACGUGUCAUUGUACACUGAUGAUUGCUGUUUGUGAGGCCUCGGAUUUUACCUUCAUGAAGUCAGGCCCGGCCACAGUUCGAAUGGUCUCUAACAACGGUCCGCCACUGCCGAUGCCAAUGCAGGUGCCACCCGGUCACAUGGUGCAGCAAAUAGUGGAUGAGCAUGGCAUCCUGACCCACGUCAUUCUCUCCCCUCAGCCCCCUGGCAUGCCCGGAAGUCCCAUGACGGGCGGACCAAACAACGGGGCCCAGUAUUACCCGCCAUAUGGCCCCCCAUACCCGUCACCCCCGCAGUACAGUACACAUCACCAUCCCCACCCCGGAGCUGGCACCCCACCCCACAUGCACCCUGGGGUCCAUCAUGCUCAUAUCCAUCCACCUCCCCCCUCACAUAACUGUAACAACCAUGCCUCCGCUCAUUCUGCAGGUCCAAGCUCUUCACCAGCCAGUCAUCAUCUAGAUGAGCGGACGGUUCGGCAACGGGAUAAAAUGAAAGCGAAAUACGACCGACGAGUGCAAGAUGGCUACUACCAAUCUGGACCAGCGCCAUCUCGCAGGACGAAGUCGAAACGUACGUCUGCACGAAAUGAGAGAAAUAAAGAAAUUACGGCUUCAAAUAAAGGUGUCUCCCAGACUAUGGCCACAUUAAGCACCUCACCCACUCAGAACGGUGACGAUAUAGAGGAGGAAAGGCGAGAGUUACAACAACAACUUACAAGCAUGCCAGCACCAAAGAUAUCUGACGUGGAAGCGAGAAGUGCCUUGAUUCAGUUGGAUUCUCCGGAUUAUGACCAAAGUGUGUACGAUCUUAUCAACCCGGCAGAUUUCUGUUACGAGCUUCUGCUGUCAGAGAAAGGCAGGGAUGGGAAAUACAAGCCUGUCUACACGAAGUAUCCUGGUAAACUCGGUGAUGCAACAGAAAUAACGCUAAAGGACUUAAAGCCAGCAACAGAAUAUUUCCUGAAGGCGAGCACGUUGCUAGAUGACAUAAGGGGCAGCCCCACGGACCCUGUCAGUUUCAAGACCCUGUGCUGUGAACCUGACCCGCCACAGUCUCCACGACUCUCUCAGAAAACCAAGACCUCCAUUACCCUCAAAUGGAAUUCUACUGCAGAAAAUGGAGCUAGAAUACAGACGUAUACAUUGGAAUGUGAUCAGGGCCAGGGGGAGGGUCACUUUGUGGAAGUUUAUGAAGGGCUCAGCCGACAGUUCCGACUCAGCAAACUCCAGGCAUCAACAAGAUAUUUAUUUAGGCUAGCUGCUGUUAACAGUAUGGGUAAAAGUGGUUACAGCGAGACGUCAUCGUUCUACACAAGUGGGAGUGUCCCUUCACAGCCCGACCCACCCAUGUUGUCUGAGGCGUUCGUCAACGCCCUGACGAUAUCGUGGAUCAAGCGUCCCAAUGAUGAUGACUUCACUUUGCACAUGGAGGAUGAGUGCACGGGUCAUGGCUUUAUCACAGUGUACAAUGGCCCAAAUCUGUCACAUAUUGUGAAAACAUUACGACGGAACUCAGAGUACAGGUUUAAAUUAGCUGCGAGGAACGAGGAAGGGCAGGGUAAAUGGAGCGAUGUCGUCUGCUAUAAAACAUUACCAGACAGACCUGGGCCUCCAGUCAAACCACAGUCAAAGGGCAAAGUUUAUGCUCAAUCUUUUAGGGUUACCUGGGAUCCUCCAAAAGACGACGGUGGAUCAGAGGUAACAUCAUAUACCGUUGAAAUGGAUGACGGUGGGGGCUACGAUAUAGUGUACAACGGCCCUGACAGGGAGUAUGUGUGUGAGCGCCUAACGCCAGGACAUUCCUACCGUGUACGAGCCAAAUGUCGCAGUGCUGGUGGAGUUAGUGACUAUUCCGAGUGCUGUACUGUAACCACACAGGCUGUUGCCCCAGGACAGUGUCAACCUCCCAAACUACAGGGCAAACCUAAGGCAUCAUCAUUACAUUUAAGAUGGAAUUAUCCUGAGAAGGAUGGUGGAGCGCAAGUGACGGAUUUCACUGCGCAGAUGAGUUUCCCGGACAACACGAGUCGGGAGGUGUACAGGGGGCGUGAUUUAGACUGUAUCGUGGCGGGACUGUCUCCAGGCAGACCCUAUCUCUUCCAAGUCCGUGCCCACAACAAGGCUGGGGCUGGGCCUUGGUCAGACCCCUUGGAGGUGGUGAGUGGCGCUGGGGUGCCCGACGCCCCCAAAGCCCCGGUGGUCACCUGCAAGUCCCCUCACAGUGCAAUAAUCAGCUGGGAGGAGCCGGUGAACAAUGGUGCUACGAUCUCAGAGUACAAACUGGAGUGGCUACAGCGGGCAGACUUUGACUAUAUACAGUUGUACUUGGGAAGCAGUCAGUCCUAUGAGGUUAGAGGGUUAAUUCCAGCUUCACAGUACAGUUUCAGAGUUCAGGCUAUCAACAGUGCUGGCAGUGGUCCCUUCAGCUCCCCUGUAACAUGUGUGACGCCCUCAUCCAGCCCUGCCCCCGUCGUCUCUAUCCGAUACUCGGCUGCGGCCACCACCAUAGCGCUGACGUGGAAGGAGCCCAACUGUAACGGCAGUGAAAUAAUUGCGUAUAAUAUAGACGUUGGUGAGAAAAAUCUGACAGUGGUGAGCAGCAUUACUGAGCACACACUGGAGGGAUUGUCACCAGAAACCACAUACAAAAUUCGCAUCCAGGCUGUGAACGACAUUGGGGUUGGUGCAUUUAGCGCCCCAAUCAAAGUAACGACACGUGCUCUUCCACCUAACCCCCCGCGACUAGAAUGUAUCAGCACCCUGCCCAACAGUCUCAAGCUACGGUGGGGAGAUGGCCGUAACCAGGAUAUGGUCAAGUACACGCUCGAGAUGGAGAAGGAAGAUGGAAGUUUUGUAGCUAUCCACACUGGCCCUGCCCACACGCACAAGGUCAACAAACUGUCGGAGCUGACAAGCUAUGAGUUCAGAAUAUUUGCCAGUAAUGAUGCUGGGGACGGACCUUAUUCCGAUACGUUCACCUUCACCACAACAAAGGCUCCGCCGCCUGCACUUAAAGCUCCCCGGGUGUCUGAGACAGGCCUUUCACACUGCGUGCUGGAAUGGACGGGUAUCAAACCAAUAGGCUCUGACUGUAUCCACUACCUCCUCCAGAUACAGGCUCUGGCAGCCAAGGAGGUGGAGUACAAAGAGGUGUAUCGAGGUCCAAACACAAGUUACAGGUUAACUAACCUAUCGCCCCGCACAGAGUACCAAGCGCGCGUCUGUGCAGUCCGACAGAGUACCAGUAGGAGUGGGGACAUCACAGGGGCAUUCAGCCCAGGCACUGUGUUCAACACGCUGAGUCCAGCGCCUCAAAGAACCCUCAUAACCAAGACGGUGGAGACCAAAAUCUCGGAACCAAAGCAACUGACGGACCAACAGUGGGCCAUGAUCAUCCUCUUUGGCUUUGUGCUUUUUGCCGUGUUAGUGGCGUUUAUAGCUCAACAGAUUAUCUCUUACACGUCACACACGUCAAGUCGCCAGUGAUGAUUUGGACUUAAGUUGACAAAAUGGUGCAGGCUGUGGUGGCUGCGGUGGUAUUUGGUGCAGAUUUGGUGGCUGCAGUGGUAUUUGGCGCAGAUUUGGUGUCAGUAGUGGGAUUUGGUGCAGAUUUAGUAAGAUUUACACAGAUUUGGUGGGAGUAGUGGGAUCUGACACUGGUGAAAAGAAGGUCUCUGAAGAACUGGAAAGACUUGUCCAGAGGUAUAUUUACCUGAACCAUGUCCAGUGGCUCUUUCAGGAAGUGCGAUGUUCGUGUCUAGAGGCCUUCUUGCACUCAAAUGUCUCUUCAAGGAUAGGAUCAGUGCUGGCCUCUGUGCAAGGUUGUCUGGCUUCUCUGACUGAGUCUAGAUGAUUCCUGUGACCAGAGCAGUGAACAGGAUGAACAUUACUUCUUUUUUGCUGUACUACUACUAGUCAUUAUGAUUCUGCUGUUCAUUGGCUGGGACUUUUCUCCAGGUCUUUUGGUGAAAACCAAAAUCCGCAAAAGGUGUCCAGUUUGUAUUGGGAGUCCUUAGACCAGAUCCCUGUGUGUAUCCAGUGUGUGUGUGUGUGUGUGUGGAGUCGUCCUGUAGGCUCCACCUGUGAGCAAGCACUAGCUCUUCAGCCCUGAAUAAUUCACCCUACACUUAUAGGACCAACUCAAUGUACUCGUGCAGCUUUCUCUAAUAACCCAUAGGACCAGGAGCUGUGAUGUAUGGCUGUACCAGUGACAAGAACCAGCAUUGUCCUUGUAGGCUCAUCUAUGUGUUGUCGUUGUUGUAAUAGUCCUCCAGCGUUUUUGCACAUGCGCUAUUCUUGACACAAUUUAAAGUCAUUUAUGUUAACCAAUCAUUUCUCCAUGGAAUUAACUUGAUGAGACCACUUUUACUUUUAAAAAAAAAAAAAAAAGAGCAAUUUUCAAGACAGCUAUUUUGGUUGUGGUUGCUGUUUUUCAGUUAAAAUACCAUUGCAAGCAAUUGUUUUCAGCACUUUCAUGACUAGUUAUUUUUUUAUUAAAGAUACAUGUGUUUUGAUUCUUUAACUUCUGCUCCAACACAAUUUUUUUUAUUCGGUCUCGAGCAUAUAUGUACAUAAUAUCAAUUGCCCCUCUUCGCAGCAUAUUUUAAAAAUUCUUUUUUUGAAUACAUCAUCCGUAAUACUGUAUGUUUUAGUAUUUUGCUUAAAAGUCAGUCAUGUUGUCAUGAGUAUCUUCAUGCUAAAAACAUACAGCAUAAGACUUCUCUCAUUUCAUGUAUAAGUAUUAAGGUAAAAAUUAGGCUUCCAAAGGCAAGGGAUUAUGAUCAGCAGUUGAAAUUGCCCAGCAUUUUAUUAUUUCUCUUGUGACAUGUUAAUGGAGUGUGAGUCUUGCCAUCUUCUAAUGUGGCCAAUUUGCUCGGCCAGUCGAGAACAAGUGGGGGCUUUUAUGAAGCUCUGAUCAUGUGGGUCGUUGCAGUCCAUAGCAUUUUGAGUUUCAGUUUUAAUCAAUUCCCUUUCUUUUUUUUUGUUCACAUCACAUGUUAUGUGCAUUUUGUAUACUCAAACACUAUUUCACACAUUAUGGUUACAUAUAUGGACUCUGUAGACUUAAUAUGUUACGUAACUUUCCAUGCCUUUUAGCCUGUCAGUUUCGGCUAUAAAUGAAUUGUGAUAGCUUUCUUGUAUAUUAUUGCUGUACAGACCUAAGCAUUGUAUGUUCAUGUUAUUAUUAUUAUUAUUAUUCUUUUUGUUUGUGGGGGAUGGGGGGUGGGAGAGGGU